AUGAAUAUCCAUCAUGCAGUUCAAUUAGUAAAAGCAAAAAGGGCUUUCAAAGCCAACUACAGGAUAUUCUACAACCAAAAUAUAGAACCUAAAGCAAAAAUUAUUUGCUACCAAUUGUUAGUACGACCAAUAAUAUCGUACGCUGCUCCUAUCCUUUGGAACACAGGCCCAUCGGUGAUGGAGCACUACAGAAAAUUUGAAAGGUCAUGCUUGAGAGCAUGUUUAGGCCGAUACAGGACCGCUGACUCAAACUACACCCUACGCAUUGAUAAUAAAACCAUCUACGAUGCUGCAAGCAUACCGAGAUUUGACUCAUUCUGCCUGAUGCUCACCAGAAACUAUUUUAGUAGCCUGUAUCAAAUUGACAACGAAAUGCUAAAGAAACUGAAGGUAGAAGAAGAAAAAACAGCACUACGUAUGGCUCGGAGCAACUACUCCCCUCCAGAACUGUUCACAAACCUAGACAAAAGGGGUUGUAUCCAGAAUAGUGUCAACAUACCCAUAAUAUAUCAUUCACAACGUCACUGUGCUAGAAAGGCAAUAUACACGGAUCCAGAAAACAUGCCAAGAGACAAAUGGGUAUACUCGACGGCCCUACCUGAAAGUGAUAUUAAUUGUCUGGAUAGACUUAAUGAUAAAUACUGGUGGUUGCAAGGAGAUGCAAAAUUCAUGGACGAGUUGAGACGGCGUGCUCGAUUAAAAAAGCAACAACAGCAGCAGCAAUAG